AAUGUUAACAUUCGCAAUGACGAUACUGAUUUUCUUAGCGAUGCAGUUUACUACUAACUGUCUUCGAGUUACCAUACCUACGUUUCUAUUUGUCUAUAAAACAUUGUUUAUGUUAACAGUGCUUAUUUGAUUAAAACCCAAACAAUAAGAUGUUGAAAUAUACAAUAUAGUUAUGACAUUAUGUAUUUAUGUAUUAGUUAGUUGCGAUUGUUACACGUAGCGGAUUAUACACAAAUCCACAGCCAAACUUACAUACAGUAAGUGUAAUAGUUGAAACUUUGAAUCAACUUUGAAAUAAAAAAGAAAAUACAUAUUUAAGUUGUUUCUAACUACACGUCAGAAUGUUUCGAUUGAAAUAUUUCGCUGUGAAAGUAAAUAUAAUCGUGUGAAAUACGUUUAAUAUACAACAGACACGCUGUUUUAGAUGUAUGUAAAUGAAGAAAAUAAGAAAAUUGUAGCAUCCAGUUCAAUUGAAGUUAACUAAAUUUAUUCUAGCAUGAAGUGAAAUUUAAUUAUGGAUUUUUGCUACAUACUUACAUAUAUCCUAUGUUAAUGAUGAAAGGAGCCUAACGCAAAUUUAAUAAAAAAUAAAUAUAUGCUUGAAUUAGAUUGUCACUGAAGAAGAAACCGUUUUAACUUGGUUUUGGCUUACUUAAUCUCUAUACUAUUGCAAUAAAAUCUGAACGGAAGUGUUUCAUAGUUCGGCCAAUGUCGCAUGUUUCUUUCCAACAUACAUAUUUUUAGAUCGGCCCGUCGAAAAGCAUCGCGUGGCCAUCAGACGAUCUGUUAGACACAAUAAUGACGAUCCGUGUGUAUGUAUGUACUUACACGUGUCAUUAACAUUUGAUCGACUGGACCGUAAACUUUAAGUUGACUAUUGGCAUGAAAUUGAAAAAAUAUACAUAUUUAGGAUACAUUGGUGAUUAUGUUUCAAUUAUACAUAUAUUGUAUCAUCAAUUAAUAAUGCUUUAGAUUCAUUGAGAAUCUCUGUAGAGGUGUGGAUAUGGAUAUUGUUUAAUCCUGAGGUAUAAUUCCCUCUGAAAGUACCAAUCACAUUAGAAUUUACAUCGUUUGAACGAAUAAAAUUCUAAUUAUUCUAAACUAUUGGUAUAUUUACAGAAUAUUUUCUGAAUUACUACAGGAACUGUAUUAUUAUAUUACAAGCUAUUUGAGGAACAAGCAUUAACAGAUAAUACUUAUUGUCAGUGUAAAAUUGCAAUUAUGAUGUACUGUGAAACCUCGUAUGAAACGAGUGUUUACUCAGACGAGAUCUACCAUGGAUAUUAUGUAGAUCAGUGAUUGUUCCGUUCAACAAAACACUAUACCACUGAAUUGAUUAGUGUCCGAGAUUGAAGAAAAAAGACGGCAACUUACAUUAACGAUGAAAAGGAAGAAAUUAUUGCUAAUCUCACGAGGAAAUUACUUUGAUUACGAAACUGAUAAGAACUGAAUGAAGGAUGACGGUCUCGUACCAAUAUCAAGUCGCUAACUCAACGAGGGGUGGAUUCACCAGGCUACUUUUUAUGUGGAGAGGCUCACUCUACAAGCUUAUCUAUAGAGAACUCUUCCUGUUUUUAACUCUUUUUGCCGCACUUUCCGCUAUUUAUCGUUACUUGCUUAAUUCCAAGCAGAAAAGAGAAUUCGAGCAAAUUGUUAUUUACUGCGAUAACUUCAUCAAUUUGAUUCCAUUAAGUUUUGUUCUUGGAUUCUACGUAUCAUAUGUCGCUCAAAGGUGGUGGCAACAAUAUCAAGCAAUACCUUGGCCUGAUAAAGUGAUGCAUUUAAUUGCAUUAUAUGUUACGGGAAACGACAAUUACGCUCGUAUGCUUCGAAGGAGUAUGAUGCGUUAUUUGAACCUUUCCCUAAUAUUAGUUUUACGUUCGAUCAGUUCGGCAGUUAAGAAACGUUUCCCAACGCUUGAUCAUGUUGUUGAUUCUGGUUUCAUGACGUCCUUAGAGUUAGAAUUAUUUCUGGCAGUACCAAGUUCAGAAUUCAAUACCUACUGGAUCCCUUGCACAUGGUUUAUCAAUCUUUUGAAAGAUGCACGUCAAAAUCAGAGAACUCCUGAUCCUCAAGGAUUGAAAUUAAUCAUGGAAGAAUUUUGUGAGUUUCGUACUAAAUGCGGCAUGUUAUGGAGCUACGAUUGGAUAUCAAUCCCUUUAGUUUAUACGCAAGUAGUAACGCUAGCAACAUACAGUUUCUUUGCUGUGGCUUUAAUAGCUCGUCAAUAUAUUGAUGGCAAGGAAAAACAAUUUCAACUGCAAAUUGACGUUUAUAUUCCUGUUUUUACCAUUCUGCAAUUCUUCUUUUUCAUGGGCUUGUUAAAGGUGGCAGAACAAUUAAUUAAUCCUUUCGGUGAUGACGACGAAGACUUUGAACUCAACUGGAUAAUUGAUCGUCAUACAAAGGUAUCUUAUCUUGGAGUCGACACGCUAAUGAAUCGAUGUCCACCUUUGGUUAAAGACAUUUACUUCGACGAUGAAAAUCUGAUUUUACCAUACACUGAAGCAGCAGCUGCUUAUAAAAAGAAAACGUAUCGUGGUAGCGUGGCGAAUAUGACAGUCCCUGAAGAAAAGCAAACUAUGUUUUUACCAGAUGUUAUAGAAGAAAACGAAGAAGAUGUAAAACCCUCGCUUCAUACGUCAACCAUGAGUUUAGCCACUCACAAUGAAAGUCCAUCCAGUCAAAGGCGCCAGAUCAGCUCGCGCGCUGAAACACCUACAAAAACUGAUGAAACUUGUUCAGAGACAAUUGUACAGUUUGAUAUUCAAGAAUCGCCAUCGCGAAUGGAACAAGCAGAACAACGAUUUAAACUAACAGAGACUAUGAGAAAAUUUUCAUCUCUAGGAAGACAUUCAAUAUCGCAAAGUGAACACACUCGAAAACCAUUUUUUACAUUAACGAAAAGUCCUAAAAUGCAACUUGGCUCAAGUACCUCCAAUUUAUCAAAAACUAGCAGACAAAUCAUCGACACUCCUACGGUAUAUAUCAGCGAAGAAAAUCCAUGGGGAGAAUAUACUUCACACGUUUUGCAUCCACCCUCGUUAGAAGCGCUUUCAGAUCAGUUUUCAGAGACAGGAAAACAACGUGAUUUCGAAAAUACACAGUUACCUGAUACUUUCAAUCUAGACACAAGCGAUAGUUCUCAUUCAGACACGUGUCAAUUGCAGUGUCAUCAUACAAACAUGUGCCCCUUAAGACCAUCGGAUAUCAAUUUAUCAAUUCCAGCAAAAACAGCUACACCAAAAGCCAAAAGUCCCAAGUAUCUCGUAAGAAGGCACAAGUCUCUGGAGGCUGGUAAAAAGAAAGGUAUUCAAUGGAAGAAAAUUAUUAAGACCUAUCGAAAAGAAAAGCCGGAAGAUAUACUGGUAGUAGAAGAAAUGAUACCUUACACAAGAAGCUCACCAAAUUUGAAACAUUUGGAUAAGUGUUCACAGACUCUGGUAAAAGAUACAUCUCACGACGAUAUGGGCUCACCUUCGAAGAAAGAAUAAUUUAUUGAAUUGUAAUUACACAUACAUAAACACCAUAGAGUAUUCAAAACUAAUGGUAUAAAACAUAAAAAUACUUCCCAUAUGUUUCAUAAAAAUUCUAUUAAUUACGUAUAUGCAUUGCAACGUUA